CAGUAGUCUGUGAUUUGUUUUCUAGAUUCUACCUCAGUGACAGCUGUAUGCAGGAGUGGGUGAAAUAAAAUGCCUUGUGGCAAUAUAAACUGGAACUUAGCUGGCUGAAGUCUUCUGCUAGUCUUGCUGCUGAAAAAUAUCUUAUGUCGAUUGUGAAGAACAGAACAUAUCUGGAAGUGGCAGUGAUGAAGCUGAUGGCAACAAUAUAUGUGGCUUCAGAAAGAAAAAGGCAGUCAAAGGUGCUAAAAAGCACGUUCCUCCAUUAGAAACUGAGAAAAUGCAGUUGUCCAACUCUUCAAAAAUCUCAGAUCUAUAUCAUCUUCAAGGAACCACUGGUCAUUCAGGACCACUAUCAGAUCAGUCUCUUCAAAACCUGACCAAUUUUCCUCCAGUAGAAAAGGACAGAGGGCAUAAAGACAGUUCCCCUAUUGGCAGUGAUGCAGAAGACGACAUGUCACAGGAAACAGCAGAAAUCCAGAAAAAUGCUGACACUGGGAAAGGAAUGAUAGAAAAAAUGCACAAGGAAAUAGAUAGCCCAGCUAAAAUGGAUCCACCUAUGGGAAUACAGCCUGCGAGCGACAAAGAGAAAGCUGGGUGGUAUGACACAGUGAGUAGAGAAAGGAACACUGAGAGGACAGGCACAGAGAAUAAAGAGGACCAAUGCUGGGGAACAGAAAAAGCAGCCAAGUUUUGUAUGACACAGGCAGGUUCGCCUGACAAUACCGUAGCAACACAAGGAAGUGGUACUGGAGAGCCCUUCAUAGUGACAUCUGGAGUUUCUAAACAAACUUUGCAAGAGUUGGAAAAUCUGUUGAGUGAAGGUCCCCUUCUUAAUCAUGGGUCCAAAUACACUGGCAAGGCAGGUGGCACGUUUCUUCAGAAAAUUCUGAAGCCAAGAGAGAAAGCUGACAAGCAGGUGAGAUCCUUUGAGACUUUUAGUCCCCAUUUUGGAGAAGAGAAUCAAAAUCACCACAGUUUCCACAACCAGGAAGCUGGGCAGCAGAGCAAGCCUCUCGUGGUUCUUAGCUCUGCUGGAUCUGAGCAGCAACAACCAGAAGGAAGCGAUGUGGAUCAACCUAUUCUUAGAUUACCCUCAACUUCAAAAAAUGCAGAAAGCUCUACUCCAGAAAGUCAGUUUGACUCCUCCGCAGACCAGGCUGUGUCCAGCAGAGAGCCUGAAGUAAAUGGCCUUGGAAGUCCAACUCUUCUUCACCAGUUCUCUCAUAUUGAAUUUAUUAAGCAACAGAUGGCCAGGGAUGAUGUGCAGUUUGUCAGAUUUGAAUCAGUAGACCUCCAUGGCGUGUCAAGAUCAAAGAACAUUCCUUCUCGCUUUUUUCAUGAAAAAGCAAUUCACGGUGUUUCCAUGCCCAGAAGUUAUCUUGAACUGACCCUGAAUCCUAAGGAUAGUGAAAUAGAUUACAUAAGUGCAACCAAUUUUAAUUGUGAUAUAAUUCUGAACCCUGAUCUAGCAACUUUUAGAAUUCUACCCUGGACUGAACAGACUGCUCGAGUGAUAUGUGAUUCCUUCACUGUACUGGGCAACCCUCUACUGACCUCACCCAGGCACAUUGCCAAGAAACAGCUGAGCCAGCUUCAGGACAAUGGCUUUUGUCUAUGUUCUGCUUUCACUUAUGAAUUUUGCAUUUAUGGCAUUACUGAGGUGGUAAAUUCGAAGACAAUAUCUUUUCCUGCAGCAACGAUACUAAAUAACCAUGAUCAGGCUUUCAUUCAGGAACUCAUUGAAGGAAUGUAUUAUGCUGGUGCCAACGUAGAAAGCUUUUCUUCUUCCAGUGGGCCAGGACAAAUGGAGAUCGCUUUUCAUCCACAGUUUGGCAUAGAUGCUGCUGACAGUGCCUUCACGUUCAGAACAGGCAUUAAAGAAGUGGCAAAGAAGUAUAACUAUGUGGCUAGCUUUUUCUCAGAAUCAGGAUUCUACAAUUCAGGGAUUCUGUCACAUAGCCUGUGGGAUUUGAGUGGCCAGAAGAAUUUGUUUUCUGUUGGCUAUGGAGCUGAGGAGCUCACUGAUGUUGGAAAAAAUUGGUUAUCAGGUCUCUUGGCACACACGGCAGCUAUCAGCUGCCUGAUGGCUCCUACCACCAGCUGCCGUAAGCCUUAUUCCAAAUACAGUAAAGAAUCAAAAGAGACUGUAAAUGCAAAAUGGGCAUAUAAUGAUAACAGCUGUGCCUUUAAUGUCAAAUGUCAUGAUGGAAAAGGCACUCACAUAGAGAACAGGUUAAGUUCUGCCACAGCAAACCCCUACUUGGUGCUUGCUGCUACUGUUGCUGCAGGUCUAGAUGGAGUAAAGAGAGGACUUCGGUAUGAUAUUUCACAGGAAGAAAAUCACAUUUCUGAUCCAAAACCUUCAUCGGUCCCUCUGAAACUAGAAGAUGCUCUUGUUGCGCUUCAGAAAGAUUCAUGCAUUAAGGAAGCAUUAGGUGAAACUUUUGUCCAAUACUUUGUCGCCAUGAAACAUUAUGAGUUAGAAACUGAAGAAAUGGAUGGUGAAAGGAAUAAAUGUUUGGGAUAUUUUAUUUAGAAGGAACUCUCUUCUGUAGUGAUGCCGUGUAAAUGCAUACAGUGAAUGACUUAAGUAUUUUGAAAUUAGUAAACA